CUCUUCCUAUUCCUUGCAUUCUAAUUUCUUUGGCUCAAUUUUUAUACUUUUAUAGUCCUCGAUAGUUCUAACGUUAAAAAUUGCAAGACGCAAGUAUUUCGUACUUUGACGAUAUUUUAAGAGACUGAAGUUCCUUUAUCUCCUACGUUCACUUCAAUUUCAGCAUCGAAAGGUUAAAAUGCGAAUUUCCAAAAGAAGAAAUAUUGUUGCUGUGAUACGAUAGUGUUUUGUUGGCAAAAGAUAAUCGAUCGGAAUUCGAGAAAGCAAUGAGAGAGAGACAGAUUUUGCAGUGUUUUUAGUUUCGUUCUACGUUCCACGGGACGACGAUAAACGCCACUUUCGAAUUCAGGCAUGUACGACGAUUGCAUAUUCCUUUCAUUGCGAUUCCCGCAGAAACUGUGGCGUAUAGUGAACGAAUGCAGGAGCGGUGCCAUCCGUUGGAGCCUUAACGGCAACACGAUCCUUCUCGACUACAAAAAAUUUCAGGAACAGUAUCUCGACGCGGGCAAUUCCAUCUUUAAAACGAAAAACAUUACGAGCUUCAUCAGGCAGCUGAAUCUGUAUGGUUUCCGGAAAGUGACAUCGCAUAACAGAGAUCCGAUUUGUAACUCGCAGAAUCCAGACGUUCAUGAAUUUCUGCAUGAGAAUUUUCGUACCGGAAGGCCGGAUCUCCUGUCGAGGGUGUACAGAAAAACUGCCGGGAAAAGACACUGUCAACGGCUUAAUAUAAAAAAUGCCGCGGAGCAAAGCUUUUUCAGCAAGAACACCGAUCACGUGUCACGUUUGCAUAUGUGUCGGUUGGCGUUAACGAAAACGUUAGAACAAAUAUCGCGAGAAUACCAACAAACGCAAAAUCGUAAAUUAAAAGACGAAAAUACUUUAAAUUCUCCUGAAAAAGUAUUUAAUUUUGGUUCAUAUAUACAACAAAACCGUGAAACCACGGUAGAUUGGAUUACAAAAAAUUCGGUACCGAUUUCUUCAAAAAAGGAUAACUCAAAUGACACACAGCUUACUUCCGGUGUUUAUAUUAAGUGGACAAAUUUUUCUAAAAAUAUUAAUUAAAAUUCCUAUGAAGAAGGAAUUUAUUUUAGCUAUUAUUUUAAUAUUCUAA